CAGUUGACACACAGCAGCGGAGCGGAGCGACGGCAUCCGCACAACUUGGACGCAAAUGUGACCCCCCCCUCCCCCCUCCAAAACAAUCUUUUGCAUCCCCCUUCCUACUUUUCGGGCUUUGGUUUUUUUUGUGUGUGCAUUUUUGGAGGAGUAUAAUCGCGAGGAAUCACGAGCAUGUGAAACAAGUUACGUCAAAGGAUUGAUAACGAAAUUUCUUUUUUUAAGAAAAGACGCAAAAGAAGAGAUGAACACGGGCAAUCACGUGCUGCAUUGGCGCCUACCUAUCUUCUUUUUGGCGCUUUUGGAACAUGCCAGCGCGCAAUUCUUCCCAGGCGGAUGCGAUUUUGAGGAUUCGUACGGCAGUUGUGGGUACGCUGUGGCUUUGGGAACUGGCGGCUUUACUUGGGAGCACCACCGAGACCCGCAUGCAGGCGGCAUGAUGGCGGUGAACGCUUCAGGGCGCGCGUCGGGUCAACGUGCACACCUUUACAUGCCCAAACUGAAGGAAAACGACACCCACUGCAUCGAUUUCCUUUACUUAGUCAGCGGCCGCGACGGCGCCGGACCCGGCGACCUCAACAUCUACGUCAAGGUGAACGGCGGUGCUCAGAGCAACCCCGUUUGGAACGUUAGCCGUGUGGUCACGGAUGGAUGGAUCAAGGCCGAGCUGGCCAUCUCCACCUUCUGGCCCAACUCUUACCAGGUAAUAUUUGAAGCAGUAUCAGUCCAGGGCCACCCGGGAGUCAUCGCUGUUGACGACAUUCGUGUUCUGGCUCACCCCUGCCGAAAAGCGCCUCACUUCCUGCGUCUGCAGAAUGUGGAGGUCAACGUGGGUCAGAACGCGUCCUUCCAGUGCACAGCGGGGGGGAAGUGGUCUCAACAUGAUAAACUCUGGCUGCAGCAGUGGAACGGGAAGGACACGGCGCUGAUGGUGACCCGCGUCAUCAACCACCGUCGCUUCUCGUCCACUGUCAGCGUGGGCGACACGUCGCAGCGCAGCACCAGCCGCUACAGAUGCGUCAUCCGUACUGACGGCGGCUCCGGUGUCUCCAACUACGCCGAUCUGAUCGUCAAAGCGCCACCCACACCCAUCGCCCCACCUGAGCUCCUGGCUGUGGGCGCCACCUACCUGUGGAUCAAACCCAACGCCAACAGCAUCAUCGGGGACGGGCCCAUCAUUCUAAAGGAGGUGGAGUAUCGCACCACCUCGGGAAACUGGGCUGAGACCCACGUGGUGGACGCGCCAACCUACAAGCUAUGGCACCUGGACCCUGACGUUGAGUAUGAGAUCAAGGUGCUGCUGUCCAGACCCGGCGAGGGGGGGACGGGACCCCCGGGACCAUCGCUGAUCACGAGGACCAAAUGUGCAGAUCCCGUCCACGGUCCGCAGAAUGUCAACGUGGUAGACGUGCGGGCACGCCUCCUGACCAUUCAAUGGGAAACCUUUGGUUACACCGUCACACGCUGCCAUAGCUACAACUUGACGGUGCAGUACCGGUACGUCUUCAACCAGCAGGAGUUUGCAUCCGAGGAGCUGAUUCAGACGUCCUCUCGCUAUACGCUGCGGGACCUGCGGCCGUCCGUCACCGUCAGGCUGCGGCUGGUGCUAGCCAAUGCCGAGGGCAGCAAGGAGAGCGAGGAGAUCGUCAAACGAACUGACGAGGACGUGCCCGGGUCUGUCCAGUCCAUUCAGAACACAGCGUACGACGACAAGAUCUUCCUGCAAUGGAAGGCCCCCAAUGAGACCAACGGCAUCAUCACCCAGUACGAGAUAGCCUACAAGGGUUUGAGCUCUCUGGACCCCAGCGCCGACCUGAGCACCCAGUGGGGGAAGGUGAGCAAGCCCACCAACGAGACCCACCACCUCUUUGUGGCCCUCCACCCAGGAACCACUUAUUUGUUCACCCUCAAAGCCUCCACUGGCAAGGGGGCCGGCCCCUCUGUCACCACCCGCGUCACCACCAAGAUAGCUGCCCCAAGCAUGCCCGAGUACGAAUCCGAGGCGCCUCUCAACGAGACAGAGUCCACCAUCACCGUCCUGCUGAAGCCCGCCAAGUCUCGUGGAGCACCAAUCAGUUCCUACCAGCUGGUGGUGAAGGAGGAGCGCAAGUCCAAGUCUCGUCGAGCUGCCUCCGAGUACCCCGAGUGCUUCGUGGCGCCCUUCAGCUUCCGGAAUGCAUCGGCCUCAAACUCACCGUAUUACAUGGCGGCCGAGCUUCCGCCUUCCAACCUGCCGGCGGCCCAGCCCUUCACCGUGGGUGACAACAAGAGCUACGGAGGCUUCUCCAACCCGCCACUCUCCCCUUCCAAGAGCUACAGCAUCUACUUCCAGGCCCUCAGUAGAGCCAAUGGGGAAACCAAAAUCAACUGUGUGCGUCUGGCGAACAAAGUGGUGAUAGGUAGGGGACAAAUAACCACGCCGUACAUUCUAGUCAUCCCAAGCGAAGGCGCUUCCACGCAAGACUCUGACGCCAUCGAGCCUGAAAAACCCGUGGACGGCACAGUGAAGUUGGCUGGGGUGAUCACGGGCAUCCUCAUGUUCAUCAUCAUCCUUCUUGGCCUCGUCCUAACCUUCAAGCGCCGAGAGAUUCACACGUGGAGAACUCUGAGCGUGGGAAGACAUGCUUAUUCCUACUCGUAUUACCUGAAGUUGGCCAAGAAGCACAAGGAGACGGCCAGUAGCUCCACCCAGCAAAGGGAGAUGGGACCAGUCAACUCGGCCGACAAGAGCAGCGCCAAAGUCAGCACGCUGCACAAGGAUGACCCUUUUUCUACUUCUAGCCAGGACCUCAACGGAUUCGCCUCCCCCUCUUCCUGCUCCUUCUCCAUGCAGGGAAGCAAGACGCUGCAGAGCAAAUCCUUGAUCAAUUCUUACUACUCAGUUUCCAAAGAGCCCGUGCCUGCCACCGCGUCUCUGGACAGCAGCCAGCCGUCACUGGCCCAGCCCUCGCUGACGCUGCAGAGCUUUCCGUACGGCGGCCGGGAGUCGGUGGAGCUCGCCUACCAAAGUGGUCAGUUCCAAGCGGGUCAGUUCCAGCCAGCCAUCCGGGUGGCCGACCUCCUUCAGCACAUCACGCAGAUGAAAUGCGGACAAGGCUACGGCUUCAAGGAAGAAUAUGAGGCUCUGGCAGAGGGACAGACGGCACCCUGGGAAACGGCCAAAAAAGAGGAGAACCGCAACAAGAAUCGCUAUGGCAACAUCAUCGCUUAUGAUCACACCAGAGUGCGACUGCAGCUGCUCGAUGGAGAGCCCCACUCCGACUAUAUCAACGCCAACUUCAUCGACGGUUACCACAGACCCAGGCAUUACAUCGCAACGCAAGGGCCUAUGCAGGAGACUGUGAGGGACUUCUGGCGGAUGGUGUGGCAGGAGAAUUCAGCCUCUAUUGUUAUGGUGACCAACCUGGUGGAGGUGGGCAGGGUGAAGUGUGUGCGCUACUGGCCCGACGAAACUGAAGUGUACGGUGACGUCAAAGUCACGCUGGUGGAGACGGAGCCGCUGGCAGAGUACGUCAUCAGAACGUUCACUGUGCAGAAGAAGGGUCACCACGAGCUGCGAGAGUUACGUCAAUUCCACUUCACCAGCUGGCCCGACCACGGUGUUCCUUGCUAUGCCACCGGGCUGCUGGGUUUCAUACGCCAGGUUAAGUUCCUCAACCCACCGGACGCUGGGCCCAUCGUAGCGCACUGCAGUGCGGGUGCAGGCCGGACAGGCUGCUUCAUUGCUGUGGACAUCAUGUUGGACAUGGCGGAGAACGAGGGUGUGGUAGACAUCUUCAACUGCAUCCGCGAGCUCAGAUCGCAAAGAGUCAACAUGGUACAGACUGAGGAGCAGUACGUGUUUGUCCAUGACGCCAUCCUGGAGGCGUGCCUUUGCGGCAACACCGCCAUCCCCGUAUGUGACUUCCGCGCUAUCUACUAUAACAUCAGCAGGUUGGACCCUCAGACCAACUCCAGUCAGAUUAAAGACGAGUUCCAGACCCUAAACAUAGUGACCCCUAGAGUGCGGCCGGAGGAUUGCAGCGUCGGUCUCCUGCCCCGAAACCACGACAAGAAUCGGAGCAUGGAUGUUCUGUCUGCCGACCGCUGCCUACCUUUUCUAAUCUCCGUCGACGGCGAGAGCUCCAACUACAUUAAUGCAGCACUCAUGGAUAGCCAUAAGCAGCCAGCCGCCUUCAUCGUUACCCAGCAUCCUUUGCCAAACACCAUGGGCGACUUCUGGAGGCUUGUGUUUGACUACAACUGCUCCUCCAUCGUCAUGCUCAACGAGAUGGAUGCCACGCAGCUCUGCAUGCAGUACUGGCCAGAGAAGAGCUCGUGUUGCUACGGUCCGGUCCAAGUGGAGUUCAUUUCAGCCGACAUCGACGACGACAUCAUCAACCGCAUCUUCCGGAUCUGCAACAUGGCCAGGCCUCAGGACGGCUACCGGCUGGUACAGCACUUCCAGUUCAUUGGCUGGCCGGCCUAUAGGGACACGCCCCUUUCCAAGCGAUCCGUCCUGCAGCUGGUGCGGCGACUGGCCAAGUGGCAGGAACAGUACGACGGCGGCGACGGACGCACCGUCGUGCAUUGCCUGACGGGCGGUGGGCGCUCUGGCACCUUCUGCGCCAUGUGCAGCAUCAACGAGAUGAUCCAGCAGCAGAACAUCGUGGACGUUUUUCACACUGUCAAAACACUCCGCAACAACAAGACCAACAUGGUAGAGACCAUGGAACAAUACAAGUUCUGCUAUGAGGUGGCCUUGGAGGCGCUCAGCUCUUUCUGAAUGGUCGCCGGCCGGGCUCCUUUGUUUGGACAAACCAAACGACCGGUCGCCGGGCCGCGUCGGCUUCCGUCACAUUGAGGGACAAAAAAAUGACAAGACGCUGAACGAGCGUACACGGUUGUACAGUCAGGUUUGAAUGUUGUUGCCCCCUGGAGGCCACAUGCACACUUGUUGCCUUGUCGUCCUUACAAGCUGGCCAAUUAACCCUUGAUGCCUGAAUUUACAUUGAACAAAUAUACAUCAAAAAGCAACAUUAGUACAUGGAAAUAAUAAUUUAUAUGUGUAUAUGAAAUACAACAAAAAAUGGAAAAAUCCAAAAUAGAUCAAAUACAAUAAACUACUGGAUAAUUCUAAAUUAAAACGAAUAUAGAAACUAUUAAAACCUUUAAAUUUUAAAACUUAAAAAAGAAAAUAUAUUUUAGAUAAUAUAACAAAAUAAGGAUUUUAAAGAAAUUCCUCCAUUUUUUAAUUUUGUUAUUUAUCAAUUUUCCAUUAUUACUUCUAUUUCUUCACGAUUUAAUUUCAGGAUUUUCAAAUCUAACUAUUUUCUCCAAUUUGAUUUUUUAGUAUUUUUUUAUAUUUUGCACCAAUGCUUUAUGUAUAUAAUUUUUUUAAUGUAAAUUGAAGCAUCAAGGGGAUAAAACCCCCCCCCCCUCAAAUUUGCUUGCCCCACAUGUGUAUAAGGUAGUGAUAAGUGAUCAUGGUUUUGACGGACAAAAAAAACGUUGACUCUAUCGUUACAGCUCUCGAAGUAGAGCAAAAACGUUUGAUCGGAGCUGUAAAUAAGAUCACAGGAAAGUGGAUCAUUUCACGCUCUUGUUGGAAUAUUUUUACAUGUCCUUUUAUCACAAAUAUAUUAAUACAUGACGAUUUUGCGCUAGUUGAUGAUACAACAGGCCAAGUUAAAAUGCGUGAUGUUUUGGCACCAUGAAAUUUGGUCAGCGUGUCUAGCCCGAAAAAAUGAGAAGCGAAGACCAGGAGAAUGCCCCAAAUCAGACAUUUUGGGUCAAAUAUUUCAUUUUAGACCAAGUUUGAAUAACCUUUUCAUAAGAGAGUUUAAAUUAAAUUCCUAUUAUUUCAAUUUAAAUUUCUUAAAGCCCAUUUCACCCAUAGAAAUGGAAUUUGGUAGACAUUUCUAGAAUAAGUACACCACAAAAAAAGUCUCAGAAAGUGAUCUAUCUUGGAUUGAAGACAAUAUUUUUGGAUCGAAAAGAAUAUUUUAGAAUCAUGUUGACUGUUUGCUGGGCUUCUUAAAGAGUCAAGAGAGAAAAGUUCUGAAUUUUUUACAUUAGGCUUAAUCUUCGAGCUGGAGAGGGUUUAAUUAAUUGGUGGAGUUGAUUUCAACAAAUUCAGUGAAGUUUGUUAGUUAUUUGUUUGUUCGAGGGCUCCGGAGUGGCUAAGCUAGUACAGUGGUACCUCUACAUACGAUCGCUUCGACACACGAACUUUUCGACAUCCGACGUAAAAUUUGACUCGCCAUUUGUUUCUACAUCCGACGACAUGCUCGAAAUACGACGACAAUGGCAGCACCGCAGACGAAUGCACGGCGGAUUUUCUUGUGUGACAAAUCAACACAGGUUUCAGAAAAGGUUGGUACAGGUGGUGAAACAAGGAAAAAGUUGACGCUUACCUUCUAAAUAAAGAUGCAAAUGACAGAAAAAUAUGAGCGUAGGGUGGGCAUCCGUGAAAUGGCUCAACAAUACAUCUCCACGGUCCUCCUCCGACCAUUGUUCGCCAGUCUUUAUAAGUUAAGCUGACAAUUCUUAUUGUGGUAACAUCUCCAGAGAAAUCGCCAGUUUCGCCACGUUUUCAGCAUUUCUUUCACAACUUAUUCAACACAAAACGCCUGCUGUCUGCCGCAAUUGACGAUGUUCUCAAGAAAGCAUUGAAAGCGAAAGUAAACUUUCACCCGCUCCCCUCCCUCUUUGUCACGUCAGCGCCGCGGUGCCUUCAGGUACAGAAAAAAACGUCCGCCUUAUUACAACCCGUUUCGUUACACUAUUAAAGGAAUUAUUAUUAUUAUUAUAUUAUUAAUCCGAUUUUUAUUUAUUAUUUAUUUGUUUUGCUAUAUGUAAUUGCCAUUUGUAAUAGUACCAGCAGUAUUUUUUAAGGAUUUAGUGCAGGUUUUUGGGCUGUGGAACGAAUUAAUGGAAUUAUAAUGUAUUCCUAUGGAAAAAUCCUGCUCGACAUACGACCAUUUCGACUUACAAACAAGCUCCUGGAACGGAUUAACUUCGUAUGUAGAGGUACCACCGUAAAUGGUCUCGUUUUAGCAUGCCAAUAAAAAACAACAUAUGCACGCAUGAAAACCACCAAUGAGCCGUGCAAUCAAUAGUGUUGGCUGUUUUCAGGAUAAAGUUAUUAAAAACGUACCAUUGCAUGUCAAUAUGAUAUAUAUAAUUUAACUAUAAAAUAUAUAAUUUGCAGCUAUUUAGGGAACAGGCUGCAGAGCGAAGUGAUAUUUUUUCCACCAGUGUGGUUAUGUCAUAGCCAGCAGACCGUCAAUAGUAAAACUAAAGAAGGCAGUUUACAGUGUGUGCUAUAUACAGGUAGCUUAGCCGUCGUUUUUCCUCAACUAUUUGAUCGCUUACGAGAAGGCAGGUUUGCUGGAGGUCUAAAUAAAAAAUAACUUGUCACGAUCAGCCAUCUAACUGUUUCCAUUCACUUGGAAGGCUUUGAGGUCGCAACUGGUAUCAUAGGAGCGGGAUAAGUCUGACUUCCGACCGUCCGCGAAUGCAGCAUGAGCAUGAGUGGCCGAAGCACUCCUCUCCAUUGGUCGCAUUAUGAAUCUAAAAGAAAUAAUCCCUCAGAAUGAAAUUACACAGUUUGUUGUGACAUUGUUUUGGCUGCAUGGGUAUUUUUGAACAACGAUCUGCAUUUUGAGUUUUUUUUUUACUAUGUUAGAUCUGUUAAUAUCGUUUCUUAUUGGCAUGCAAAGACAGGACCAUUGACCCGCGCUAGCUUAGCCACUCCGGAGUUCUGAAACAAAUAAAUAACAAACUGGACGGAAUUUGUUGAAAACAACUUCACCGACUAAUUCAACCCACGCUAACUCGAAGAUUAAGCCUAAUGUUAAAAAUUACGAACUUCCGCUUUAAGUUACUUUCAAAAUUCAGCCUUUGAAGCCCGUUCGAUAGCCAUGUCUAUCACUGGUAGAACCAGAAUCCUCGUCCAAAUAUUUUGGUUUGAAGAGAAUAUUUUAGAAUCAAGUCGACCAUUUCCUGAAGUCAUUUAUUUAUUUUAAAAAUUCAGCCCGUGAACAUUGUUUCUCUUAGCAAAAUAAAAGUUGAUAGCCAUGUCUACCAUGAAUAGACCCAUAAAAAUAGCCUCUUGAAUCCUUGUCCAAAUAGACUCAGAGUUAUUUAUUUUGGAUGAGAGAAUAUUUUUAGGAUCAAGUUAACCGUUUCCUGAGGGUGUUUACUUCAUUUAAAAAAUUCAGACCUUGAAGCUCGUUUGACCGAGCAAAAUAAAACAAAAUUGGUAGGCUUGUCUAUCAUGAGUAGACCCACAAAAAAAGUCUCGGACCCUUGUCCGAAAAGACACAAGAAGUCAACGACUUCGGUUUGAAGUGGCUGUUUCAGGAUAACGUUAACCACUGCCAGAGUCGUAAGUUGACCCCCCAAAAAUACACAAAAACGCCCUUAUUUUACACCAAAAUGCUAUUUUAGAACCAUGAUGACAAUUUCCAUUGUCUUUCUGUAUCCGAUUUUAACCAAUUUUGACGCACGUCUAGCCAGAGACUGUGAUAACACUAUUGACCAAAACUCUUAAAAGUCCAGUUGAAAAGAGUUCAUCAGCACCCACUGAUGGCUGACUUUAGUAACUGAAUUUUUUCACUUUUUGUUUUUGUUUUUUAAUAACGAUAGCGAGCUGUGAAUUUUUCUGUGCAGCAUGUGGACGUGCUUUAAAAUGCUUAACUCAUCACCUGCUACUGAUGGCGAUAUCCGUCCAAUCCAAUUAGACGUCUAUCGCCAUCAAUUGCAGCGAAACGUGAUGACUCAAUGCCAGUUGAAAUGUUUUUUGGCAGUGAAUGAGUUUAAUUUUUUUUAUUUAUUGUCCUUUUUUUUGUGUUUUUUUUUGUUUUUUUUGUCCCUCCAAAGGCAACAUGUGACAGGGUCGUGCUUUAUUUUGAAGAGUUUUUGCUUUUUUUUGUUUGUUUGUUUGUUUUUGAGUACUGCACUCAAGACACUUGAUUUGAUACUUUUGGGGGGAUUUUUUUGUACUGAAUUUGUUGUUUCGUUCAAUGAAAAUGAUGAUUUGUCCCAUAAAGUGUUUUUGGAUUUCCUUGUUUGCUUGUCGGAAAAUGUGCUUAAGAUAUUCUAACUAAUAAAGGGACCAAAAUGCUUAACUGUCUUGCUGUCAUCAAAGAUCUAUUUUCUUCCUUCGUACAUACCACACGCACAUGGUGGGAUUGUUUGCUUCAUUGCAGAACACGGCAAUACACAUCCUACCAGUUUUGCCAAGGAAGUGCUGGUGAUGAAUGAU